AUGCUUCCUCAUAGGAUUCCCAGCUUCGAGCGCCGUGUACCGACCGGCAUCGCCACUCUCUCGGAUGCGGAUUUCAGGUUAUACCUGGGCGCCCUCGCACCCUCUCGCGACCUGCUUGCAAUGCCUGCCGCAGACGUUACAUCUCUCUCAAGUUCAUCGACCCCAACCACAUCUUUGAGCGACACUUCGACCACUCCACCAUCCCUGAUAUCGUCGAGUUCAGAUAGUUCCAACGACCUAAGCUUCGACAUGGAGAGAUAUUCCACCGCUGAUCUCUAUGAGAAGGAUGGGAACAACGACAAUGAGAAUUUGGAAACGACUUCCGCGACAUCUUUUGACGUCGCGUCUCUCUUCGAUGAGGUGGCCACUCCGACGGUUCGCAUGCUAUCCGCUCGCACAUAUCCAUCGAAGAUAUACGGGAACCGGUGCUCAUAUGCCAUAGAUCCCCCGAAGGCCCCAGAUGCUACCUCUAGAGGAGCAUUCACCAUCAAUAACCUCCUAUACUGGCCGACGGACAUCAUGACUUCUCGAUCCACGAUGAGGCCAGUCGUGCGUCUGCAAAGCAUCGAUCAUACUUUCACUCGCAGUUCUGAACAGCUCGAGGUUGCGUCGAAGGAAGGUCCCCGGGACGAUGAAUUGGGUGCUCACAUCCAACCAAGGCCGCACCCGACGUUUACACAGCGCACUGAACACAACGUAAACUCGAGGGUCCUGGAACAUGCCUGCCCUCCGGAGACCACUUCGAAAGAGAUGAUUUCCAUCUGCGACCUGAUCGAACCCCCUGAAGCUGCUCCUGCACGAGACUCCCAAGAUGAUACCAGUAGUUCAGCUGAGUGUCCAGACCUAAGCAUGGAAUCUCCAACACCGUCUAGCCCAUUUGCGGGUCAAGUUUUGGAUUCGCUGGAUGUCAUUUAUUCACCGGAACAGCUGCCUGAUCAAUUCCACGCCAAGGCCGUUUUGGAGGAUGUCUCGACUGUUAUCAAGGUCGUGCAGAUUACUUUUGAGAGUGAUCAGGACAUCUCCAAGGCCUCUGACGAGCACGCUUCCGACACGACAUCGGAAGACCAGGUCGGUACCGAUCAGGACACAUCCGUGACCUCUGACAAGGACACCGUCGAGACUUCAUCAACCCGCGAUACCAAAGCCAACCUCAUCGCGACACGUGAUGCCGAAAAGUCUUUGGCAGAAUUUCAGGAAUUCCUCUACAAGCGCCGUGAGCGGACAAUGAUUCGCCAUGCCAUGCUUGAACGGCCUAAGACUGGUUUCACGUACCCGGACACGGCCCAAGGCCUGGAGGACGCCUCGUUCUACUUGUGGGCUGCCAGAGGGCGGACCGUGAAGUUCUGUUAUACCAAAUGCUGUUAUGUCGAAUUUCCCGAAAUUGAUCCAGCCGUGGGGGCGCACAAAGCGUGGCUCACUCCCCAUACGACUAUCGCUCGGCCUUCAUUUGAGUCAGAACUACCUGCGUACAUUUUAAAGGCAGCUCAUCGGCCAGUGCAAGUCGUGCCAGAUGAAGAUGAUGAAGAGGGAUCCGUGGAUGAAGAGAUUGGUGGAUACACUGAGCUUGAGCAGGAAGAGGAAGAAGAAGAGUGGGACGAGGAGGAGUGGGACGAGGAGGAGUGGGACGGGGAUGAGUGGAACGAGGAAGAGGAUGAGGUGGCGGAUGAGGAAAAAGUGGGUCAGACCGAGACCGUUGACGCCAAAAAGGAAAAAAAGUCACCGAUUGUACGGUUUUGGGGUCGCGUAAAUGCGAAUACCCGAAGUAAUCGUCGGGUGAAGGAGUGGUCGCAUUCGGACUACCACUUGAGCCGGGUCGCUCAGAACAACUUUUCUGCCCGGUAUAACUCACUGUUGCGAAAUGUCUUGCUGUCACCAGUGGUCGCCAUGCCGCCAGCUGAAGGAGCUACCUCUCAGGCACGACUUGCCUCGAUUAACUUCUCAUGUUCGAGCGAGUUUGACGAGGAUGAUGAUGAUGAUGAAGAAGAAGAAGAAGAAGAAGAAGAAGAAGAAGAAGAAGAAGAAGAAGAAGAAGAAGAAGAAGAAGAAGAAGAAGAAGAAGAAGACAAAGUCAAAGAGUUGGUAUCUGCUGAGAAGCCAACCCUCGUUACGAUGCCAGCUGCCGAUGAUAAUGUCCACAGCGAGGAGGAACUCGUAUCUAUCAUUCAGGAUGACGAUGCCAGAUUGAUGGCUGGAAGGAACCGACAGCGUGUGACGACCCUUAUUCGACACGCUAGGGCAGAGCCUCAAAGACUCUCUCCGCUAUAUCCAGGGACUCAUCAGGAACUGUUCGACGCUUCCAUCAACCUCUGGGAAGCCAGGGAAAAUGCAGGGAAUGUCAGAUUCGACUUCCAGACAGGUUUAUAUGUCCAACUGCCUUCAAUCGACCCGACUCUGGGCGAGUACAAGUCCCGGAUGAAGCCUCCUGCCAAACCAGCAAGCCCUUCCUUUGAGGAUGAGCUAGCCCCACGGAUGCUGACUGCGGCGCGUAAAUUGAAGGCAAAGGUCGAGAAGGUCUCUGUCGAGGAACGGAUGAUUGAUACGCAGAAGAUCGUUUGUCAAAAUCCUGGCCAAGGGUUUUACGCCCAAGUCAAGCAUUUUUGGCAGUCUCAGGAGGCUGGCAACCGGUCCAGCUGUCGGGUGGCCGAGUGGAAACACUCGGCUUACUACGAGACACGAGUGUCAAGCAAGGCGUAUGGAUCACGAUUUGGCUCCAGGUUACGACUAAGUUUGGACCCGGGCAACGAAGAAGUUACACAAGUCGCCAACACGAGCAUUCUCCAUCUCAAAGAGCUCUCUCCUGGUCAGCUGUGGUCAGAGAUCGACGACGACGAAGAGUGGGUAUUCGAUGCUCCUUCUGCCCUAACUGCGGCUGAGAAGACAGUCGAGGAUGAGCCCGAAGAGCAGAGCUAUCUUACGUCGAAUGUUUUGUCCGAAGCUGAAUAUCAGCCACUGUCGCUGAAGAAAGUGGAGGCCUUCAAAAUCCUCGGUGUCUCCCCAGAUGCUACUCUUCAACACACUCGGAAAGCGUAUCUGAAGCGCGCCAUGAGUUUGCAUCCGGACAAGAACAUGGAUAAAAUAGGACUUUUCACGGCGCGAUUUGUGCAGCUUAGAGAAGCACUCGAGAUCCUGACAGAGAGUGCAUCCCAUUUGGCUGUUCCAAAACUGCUCGAGGGAGCCCCUGCCAUACCAUCGAAGACUCCGAACGUUGACAGUAUGGCGCCUAAGUUGGACGGUCUUGCACUAAGACUCAUUCAACUGGUCGGAAAGGAGCUUCAUCUCACUACAUUGAAUAUCGUAUCUAUGAACGGAACUCGAUCUUCGUCCAGUUUGUCAAGCGGCUGCAGAGGCCGGGGACACUUCACUCCGAUAUGUGGCUCUUCAAAGACAUCUGCGCAAGUGAUGCGAUAUCGACAGCGCAGCCUGACGGCUUCCCCGGGUUACUGGAUUCGCGCUGUCAGACCCACCGCCCUCGGCUUGAGGGCCUCGACUGGUAUCACGGAAGGUGCCGAGUCGUUCACGAAAGGGCACCCACAAAGCCUAGGUCUCUACAAUGUGUCCCUAACUCAUAUUCAGUCCAACCUUCAGCAUCCACCCCAGUUGGACACUUGUAGGCCCCGUUUCCAACCGACGCGUGCGUCAAUUGAAGUCUGGAUCGACCACGCGGUGGAAGAGGCUAGUCCACACUCUAAGUCACCGCUCAAGGAGGCUACGGGGUCUUCUGAGAACGGAUGUGAUAGGUCCUCGGUAACAACAACGCUCUACAGGGCCUACCGCGACAACCCCGUUGGAACGAUUAUUGUUGGUAUUGCUGGCUACUUGGUUGGGUCAUUCUUGUGGAAGUUCUAGAGCAUGAGGCCGAGUCAGAAGGUAGAAGAAGGCAAACUGUCAAAAAUUCGACGACAUGGUGAGUAGUGUUCUUUAGGGCGAGUGCAACACUCAAGACGGGGCGUUCUAGAUUGGGUCAUACAGGAACUUUCUCUUCUUCUCACUAAUGGCGUUGUAACAUCUCUUUGUUCUUGAUUUAUGCAUAGCGAAGGGCAUCUU